UCAAAGAGAAAGCAACUGAAACGAAAGAAAUAAGGGACCAACUCGAGGCGAAGGCCGCAGAAGCGGAGACGAUGGCGAAAGAGAGGAAGGAGCUGAAAGGGAAAGUCGCUGAGAUGAAGAAACAAAAGGAGGUACUCGAAGGGAAAGUAACUGAAGCGGAGACAAGAGGGAAGGGGAUGGAGGAUGAGCUUGAGGCGAUGAAAGCUGCUCUGAACACUGCUGCCGUUGAUUUUGGUCUACUGACAAAGGUUGGGGAUACACUCACGAUCACAGACUUGUGCCAGUCGCUUGAUGACAUGAGCCAACUCAAUGCACAUAUGAAACUCGAGAUAAACGACUUGGAAAAGGCUAAAGCCAAUCUUGAAGAAAUGUUGAAGGCGAGUGACCCCUUUCUCGAGAGCGGUGAUUCGGGUGACGAUAGGAGUAUCGGAGAGCGUGAAAGGACUGAACUGAAGGAGACUGUUAAAGAUCUUCGUUUCCAGACAUACAAACAAGAACAUCUACUCAAGAAAGUCAGAUACCAACUCUCCGAAUUUCACGAGUUCAUGUUAGAGAAAAGGGACUCUAUGUUUGCCGACAUGCCUUAUGUCGACCGAGCCGUGGUCAUGCGAACCUACUCUGAUGUCAAGCUAAAGACCAUCGACAUCGCUGACCUUUCCUUUUUACCUGACGCUCAGGUAGAUGAUGACGAGGAUCAGAUCGGGAAGGGUGCGUUCGGGAAGGUGUUCCUUAGGCAGUACAAAGGCGAGGCCGUCGCCGUCAAGGUACCGUACGUAAGCGUACGGGUGAAAGAAGAGGAUACCGAGAAACGGAUGAUUCGCAUCAAGGCCAACCAUGCUCGUACGACCAUGGAAGCAUUUGUCCACCUCACACUCGCCGACCACCCUUCUUUCCCGAAGGCAAUCGGCGUCGUUGACAUCGACGGUGCUCCUUCCCUCGUCCUCGAGUUCCUUGGCGACAAGAAAACCGGUACGGUCUUCUCCCUCAGCCAGGCCAUAAAACACCCUAGUCAGUCACUCACCCAGAGAGAUUGGUUCGGCAUUAUCACAGACAUCGUCAACGGAAUACAGGUCCUGCAUGCUAAAGGUCUCCUGCAUAACGACCUGAAACCAAACAACAUUCUCUUGCAGUGGAACUACCGCGAUAAGAGAUGGCACGCUUUCAUCAUCGACAUGGGCAAAGUGUCCACCCAGACCAUACCCCUCAAGCACCGCCACAUGCCUGAAGCUGAUCGAGAGGAGUACAAUGAUGGCACUUUGUACCAACAUCUGGCUCCAGAAUACAUGUUAGACCAACAACCAAUGUCCAUUCAAACUGACAUCUUCUCCGUGGGCAAGAUGCUGGGUCGGAUCGAGGGCAAGGUGGUGAAGAGUCGAAUCCUGAGAGAGCUGGUGGCUGAGAUGACCAACAUCAAACCUCGUCUUCGUCCAUCCUGGAAACACAUUGAGAAGGCUGUCGCCAAAGCCCAGAAGAAGUGCCUGUCAUGACCCCGUGCUCUGAUGUAUUGAUGAAAUUAUAUUUGUAGCGUAAGGUAGAUAAGAUAUAUUAAUCAUUAUCUGCUCACCAGCUGACAUUCUAUACGAUAUUUUACAGAAUGAUGCUUUUGAGAGGAAAUUUUUGCCGAUGAAAAUUCUCGAUUGCAGAAAUUAAGCAUAAAAAUGGAGUUGUCUUUAACCGAGGCAUUUCAGAGCAGGUUGACACCAACAAUUUCAAAGGCCACUGUUCACAGUGUUUAAGUAAUUGAUGAAAGAGAAAUGUAGAACUAAUUAUCAAAAGGAUUUCGAAUGAAAUCAACUUGUACGGUGUUAUGAAAAAGAAAAUAGGGAAAGCAUCGAAUCGAAUGGUAGAUACAAAAUGAAUAAUGUUACAUUAGGAAACGACAAGUCCAAAAUGUAAACAAGACAAAGCUGUUAAUAUAUUUGAUUAUCCGUUUGACAAAAAGGUAAAAAUAUUAGCCAAUAUAAUACCGAACCAAACAAAAAGUGUUCCUCAGAACGAGAUCGAUGGAAAAAUUGCCGAUGAUAGGGCAAGAAGAAUAUUGAUCAG